UCUGUUUUCUGCAGAGUGAUGGGGAGGAAAGUGAUGAUAUAGGUGAUUACACUGAACAGGAAUCUAAUGCAAAGACUGAGGAAAAUCAUGAUUUAGAGAAGACUAAAAACAAUAUUUGUUCUGUUACUAACAAGUAAGAAAGUGUAACGCAUUUUUGAAACCACUGAAUGUGGUACCACUAUCUUUCUUAUCUGCAGUAAAUAUUCGUUUUGUAUUUAAUUUGGCGUAAUCUCCCAUUGCAUACAUAUAAAUCCAAAUUUUGAUGUUUUAGGGUGAAUGAACAUUUUUUGAAAUUUUUGAGAUUAGGCACGAAACUACAUAUCAAUGUUUAUUAAAUUUUAUAAAUAGUUUUAUUUUGGUCAAAGCAUUCACAUCACGAUUCUUUUAAAGAAUUAUAUUUCAACAUAUAAUAGUCAAUGUUGAUUUGCAAUUUGAUUUGAAUUCAAAUGCCGGAAUGGAUUCCUCAUAUUGUUUCCUUAUUAUGUAUACAUCGGCAAUUUGUAUGUCAUGUCCUAUUUGGCGUGAAUAUACCUCUUUCUUAUCUGCAGUAAAUAUUCUUAAGUCGUUGGUUUAACGUCUCUACAUCAGUACAUCACUGAUCUGUGCUCUACAUAGACAUCACAGAUACAAAUACAAGAGCAACAUUGUUCAUCGAAGUGUGGGACUAUAUAAUCUAUAUACCAUACAUAUUUUCUAUUUUUCAGAGUCCAGAGGAAAUUGUCGGUGCAGAGCAAAGCCGAUGGCCGCUCGAUUCUCUUCGGAGAAACUCCGAAGACAAUACGAUUACGACAAUUUACGGAAAUUUCCAAAGCUCAAGGGUAUAAAUCUGAAGUUGAGUUUGCACGAGCUGUGGUUUGCGGUAAUACAACAGAGCGUCUGCGCAUGCUCAUGGAAUAUUACAAAAGGAAGGAAUAUCCUAAUGAGAGUAUUGAAUCAUACUCUCAAACAAUCCAAUCUUCGCAGGAAUUGAAUACGGGCAGAAAUUUGAAAGAGAAUGAAAAGGUCACUAAGAAGAAAGGCUCAGUAAAUCUUGCCAGACAUUACCGAAAGUCAUCGACAAGGCAAAAAUCUUUUACAAAAGUUUUAAAAACGCCUAUUGCUAAGCCAAAUAAAAGUGAUAGGCAUGCAAAGAAAUGCAGCAAAUACUUGAAAACGAAGGCUGAAUCGAAUGCAAGUGAAAGUAGCACAGUAAGUGAAACUACUGUCAAAGAGCAACACAAGAUUGAAAGACUAGAAUCUUUUGCAAGUGGCAAAUUGGAACGUAAGGCUGCACUGUCAUUACGAAACAAUGCAGAUAAAUCAUUCUGUAACAUAGCUGACAACCUACUAGACAAAACAACUGACCGAACAAAUUCUGCUGCCAGUUAUCAAACGGAGGCUAAAUCAAGUAUGUCGCCAACUGAUUACGGCGACGAUAAAUCUCUUGAUAAAGGUUUAGUUGGAGCUACAUCUUGUGUGUCGCCCACAAAUACUGAAAACGUAUGCGAGGAUAUUUUAAAUGAUAUUCUUACUGCAUGCAGUGACACAAACACCAGAUGUACCCAAUAUGGCCGUUCCUUGCGUGAGCUUGAACGUACUUCGAAUACACCUCCCCUCGCAAAUAGACGCCAAGAUUCACAGUCGUCAUCAUUCCUCGAUGAGUUUCUAUUUGAAUGUUCACAGAGAGCGGGUAACAGGAGCCAGGAUUCCUUGUCACAAUAUGAAAGCCAAGGUCAUAAAACAGAAUGUGUCGAACAAACCAACAGUUGCGAAAAGAUGCAAACUAGUAUUAUUGAUGAUUUAAUUUAGAAACGAAUUUUCACUUGGGGGAAGUUUUAGACAAAGGUUGAACAUUGUAUUAACUCUAGGGUCACUGUGAGAAAUCAUUUUAAAACGUUUUAUUCUUAUACAUGCAUAUAGGUUUAGAAGUGAAGGCGAUAACUAGAGCCCCUAGAGGUCCGUCAAUAUUACUAUAAUUAUACUCUUUGUGUACGGAUUUAAUAUUUUACAGUUAUAGCAAAAACAAAUGUAGAUAUUUUAUUGUAAAUUUUAUAAAUUUGCUGAUUUUAGUUAUUUGGGAAAGAAAUUACAAAAUUUUGGUUGAUUUAAUUAGAAGAAUUCUUUUCCCUUGCAAAAAUAAUAAAAGAAGUGAGAAACUUUUAGCAAUAAUAUCCAAAAGAAAUUCGCUGAAAAUAUAAUGCAGCUUGAGAAAAUGUGUGAAAAAUGAAAGCGUGAACUAAAAGCAGUAGCAAGUAUUUAUAGUGCAUGUCAACUUUCCG